AUGACUACUAAAUAUGCCAACAGCUCUGGGACCCUGGGCCACCCACCAUUUUUGAGCCUCUUCCUAUUCGUCCCCAACACCGUGCUGGUUUUCUCCUUCUCCCAGAAAUCCAAUGAGCUGAUCAUCCGCAAGCUACGGUUCCAGCGGCUGGUGCGCGAGAUUAUGCAGGACUUCAGGACCAAACUGCGCUCCCAGAACUUGGCUGUCUUGGUGCUGCAUGAGGCUUGUGAGGCCUACCUGGUAGGGCUCUUCGAGGUUACCACAUUAUGCACCAUCCAUGCCAAGCGUGUCACCAUUAUGUCCAAGGACAUCCAGCCGGCAUGCCGCAUCCAUGGAGAAAGGACAUAA